AUGAAUGCGACGACGCCGUCAGAGCGUGUUGCCAACGUGUUCAAUGAGCUCAACAGGCGGCUCCUGGCAUCACCACCGGCCAGCGGUGAGUCGGCUCUCCCAUCGCAGGCCAGUGUGACUGUCACCAUCGGUGCCGGCACACGAGGUGCGGAGCGCAUAGAAGCAAGCAGCCUCUCACACGAAUGCACAUGUGCCCAGAACAGUCGAAAGACAAGAGGGAUGUCGUCUGUGUGUGUUGUCAGGCCAGCCUCUCGUCUACCGAUUGACCAGCCUUGACGAAGGGUUUGUGCAGCAAGACAGCGGCAGCAGGAGUGGACGGGCGUCCCACAACAACACCAGUGAUUCGUCGUCUGUCGUGGUACUUACGUGCUUCUGUGUCAAAGAGGCAUACAUGGGAGCUCUCACACACGCGUUGAUGUGUGUGCAUGUAUCCUAUGAUUCAGGUGCAUUACUCAUCGGUUGAUUCGUUUGUGGAUGUGACGUGUGGGCGGACGCCCUUCACGAGGGCUCUGGCUGAGAGGAGGGUCACUGUCAGGGGCGGCAGCCCACGGAUGUACCGGUAAGCCAGCCAGCCAGCCAGCCAGUCAGCCAGCCAGCCAGCCAGCGAGUCAGCAAGGGCUCUGAUGCGAUGCACAUGUGGUAUGUAUGUUCGAUGGUGGUCGUUAUAUCUACCAGUGUGAUGGCAUCUCUGUUCAAGCGCGAGUCGCUCCCGUCUGCUUUGUCGAGCCCCGACGUCACGCGAACAGCUGGUGGGCGGGGCGUGCCUGCAUCCCUCCAUCCAUCAAUCAAUCAUUAAUGCCAUGAACUCUGUUUGUCUGUGUGUAUGGAUGGUAUGUAUGUGUUCAUUUAUGUGCAGGUGGGAGCGGAUAUCCGCUGCUGCCCCGGUCGGCGAGCAACCUGACGCUGCCCCAGCAGCCACAGUGGAUGCCUGUACGUGGCAAUCAAUCGCAACACUCGCUACUCACACGAACGUGUGGAUGUGUCUGUCUGUCUGUCUGUCUGUUUGCGUAUGAGUGCAGAACGACGCCAGCCGUGUGUGUCUUGGCUGCAGCAAGCCCUUCAGAGCCAUUGGGAGGCGGCGGCACCACUGCAGGUAAGGUACUCUACUCCCUCCCUCCCUCCCGCCCCCACACGCCUUACAUACAGGUCGUGCGGAGGUCUGUUUUGCCACCGGUGUUCCCCUCUGCGGCCCUCGCCCCUGCCGUCGUUGCCCAAACAACGGGUGGGUCGGUGGGCGCAGUACACACCACACCCCCCACGCAGUGGGCCUUGAUUGAUACAUGCAUGAUACGCCAUGCAUGUCCCUGCCUGCAGGUGUGUCAUUCGUGCUUCGCGGCGAGGAACACACACUCGCUGGGAUCAGCCUCGACGGUAAUAAGUAAAGGAAUGCAGUGAAUGCCGUGUGCAUCAGACAACACAUGGGUGUAUGAGCCGCGCACGUACGUGUGUGUGUGUGUGUGUGAGUGUGUGAGUGGAGUGCAGACGGACGCGAGCGGCGCCUCCUUGACGAUGAUUCAGGCGUCCGAUGACAGCCACACAUCUGCAGACGUCGACGGACUCAGGGAAAGGUGAGAUCGGAUUCCGCACACACCACACACACGACGAGGCAGGCAGGCAGGCCUGAUGACCCACCCACCUGUGUGUGCUUGUGUCAGGCUUUAUGCGUUGGAAACUUCGCUGGUGGAUCGGGACGUCGACUCGCUGAUGAGAACGGCCACAAUCACGCAAUACGCACUGGCAGGGGCCAUGCUGGUACGUACGAAGGGAUGCAUUAGCUGAUCUGUCCUCACGAGUGCACACACGCGCAUCGCAUCGCAUCGCAUCGCUUCCCCUGUCUGUGUGGUGUGCAUCCCUCCCCCAAAACAGCUCGUGUUGACGGCCAUGAUCUCGUUUUGUGUGUCGAGUGUGUGGGUCCGGGUGGCGUGCACGACACUCGUGGGCGGCGGCCUGGCCGUCCUGUGCGCCAACCGCCAAGGCAUGAUCAACAGACGGGUGGGUGACGAGAUGCUCACUUAUAUGAUGGAUGGGUGUGGCAGAACGUGUCUGUGUGAGAGUGGGUGUAUUUGUGUGUGCGUUCGCUCAGGUUCACGUGUUUGUGGUUGCGUCGUUCGUGUACGUGUCGCUCAAGGCGGCCCAGCUGCAGACACGCAGGAAGCACAUGAGCCAAGACGAAGAGGACCGGGUGGGUGAGCGGCACGGUCUGUUUGAGUUCUGUUUAUCUGUCAUCGAUUCAUUCAUGUGUGUCUGUCUGUCUGGACCAGUUGUGGGACCAUAGGUAUCGCGUCACGAGCAGAUAUCUGUUUCUGCACAUCAAGGCACUCAGAGGUAGGCGGGGCGGCCAUGCGUCCCUGCAGACAGACAGACAGACAGACACAUGUUCCCCUAUGUCUCUCUCUCUCUCUCUGUGUGUGUGUGUGUGUGUGUGUGGUUCUGACAGGCUUCUGGGUUAAGGUACGCAAGGAGCAACACAGAUUGACAAAUGAGAAUGUACACACGAGUGUAUGUGCGUGUUGAUGCGCAGCUCGGGCAGUACCUCAGCAGCAGAGCCGAUGCCCUGCCGGAAGCGUUCGUCAGGUGCAUAGCAUCGCACACAGACACGCACACACAUCCAGGUGCACAUCUAUCCGCUUGCUUACAUGAAGCCCGGUGUGUGCUUUGUACGCUCAGCGAGUUGGGUCGUCUGCAGGACGCCAUGCCCUCCGAGCCCUUUGAAGCCAUCAAACACGCUGUCGAGACGGAGCUGAAGCGGCCGCUCAAUGACCUCUUUGCGUCGUUCGACAAGGCACGCAAGCAAACCAAACCCACGUGACAGCAUAGCUAGCAUCGUGUGUGUGUGUAUGUGUGUGUGUGUGGAUGAUGUGUGCAGUCGCCUCUUGCGAGUGCGUCGAUAGCCCAGGUGCACAGAGCGACACUCAAACAAGACGGCACCAAAGGUCAGGGCAGUGAGUGGGGGCAGGGCAACGAGCCCUUUGCAUUUCUGGCACACCACACUGACUGACUCUUUUGGCUUCUCUGAUCGAAUCGAUCAGUGGUCGUCAAAGUGCAGGUAAGCUUUGGCAGUGGCAUUGACUGGCACGUGUGUGUACUAUAUGGGUGCAACUACUCCCUAUGUGUGUGUGUGUGUUGUCUAUGUGGUUGAUUCAUUCAGCACGCGCACAUCGACCGGAUCAUGCGUCAGGAUGUCUCGGACCUUUCUGCCAUCUGCUGGAUUGUCGCCAAGCUCGAACCAAGGCAUGGCAUGCACACUGAGCGAGAGAGUGAGGCCACUGCACACAUCUCCCUCGUGUGUGCCUGCCUGCCUGUGUGUGUGUGGGUCCAUCCAUCGCCAGGUACGAUUUCCGUCCGGUCAUCAGCGAGUGGCAGCGGCUGGCCAUCAAGGUAUGUGGGUCGCUCGCAUCCACUCCACACAGCCAUCCACAAGGCGUGCAAUGCAAUGCGACGCAAUGAUUGAUGCCUGCAGGAGCUUGAUUUCACGAUUGAGGGCAGCAACCAGCGGAGGGCCAGGGAGGCACUCAUCAAGGCCAACAUACAGGUGGGCAUGUGCGGACGGGUUUCGGGUUUAGGGCUUAGGGUUUCGGGUUUAGGGUUAAGGGUUUAUAAACCCUAAGCCCUAAACCCUACGUGCCCACGUUUGUCCACACGCGCACAAACCACACCACACUGAGUGAGACAGGUGGGUGCAAUCAUGGUGUGUGCCUGCAGGUGUCGAUUCCGCGGUUGGUCGACAGCCUGAUAACGAAGCGCGUCAUCGUUAUGGAAUUUGCAGAGGUUCGCAUCGCAUCGACGUUUCCCUCAUGUAUUGUCUACGAAAUGCGUCUGUCCGUCAGGGCUUCAAGAUCACCGACUCUGCGCAGCUGCUGGAGCACCGUGUGACCAACGAAGAGCUCACAAAAGUGUUCGGGCGGCUGGUGGAUGCGUAAGGACAGACAGACAGAGACAGACGUAGCACAGCUCGUGCGCUCAUCCAUCCAUCCAUCCAUCCACCAACACAAACACGUGGUGUGGUCUCUUCCUUGGUGUGUGUGGCGUGUCAGGUUUGCAUACGGCAUGUUCUGCGACGGGCACUUCAACGGUGGGUGGGGCGAUGCGAUGCGAUGCACUCACUGCACACGAGUGCACACACGCAUACAUAGGUAUAUCCAUGGCCGGCCGGACCUGUAUACACACACGUUCAGGCGACCCUCACCCUGGCAAUAUUCUGCUGCACGUCAAAGAGCAAGAGGGAGACCGACAGCUCACCGGUAGGUAGUGAGCCAUACACACACACGCACACACACACAUGCACAUCCACACACACAAAUUUCUGUCUCUAUGUGUUUGUGGUGUGAUGCAUAGUGACUUUGUUGGACUGGGGUUUGGCCAAGACGUUCGAGCCUCCUGGACAGGUGGCUAUCAAGAGCAAAUACAAACGCAGGUAAGUACAACAACAGGGGCACCACGGCACGGGCACCCGUUUUGAUGCCUCCCUCCGUGUCACGGAUGCGUGCAUGCAGGUCGCGGCCCAUGAUGCGAUACAUUGACUCCCGUCUGGCCUUCGCCAAACUGGUGGCCUGUGUGGCCGCCAAAAACAGCAACGGGUACGUGUGGACAGACUGGAUGGAUGUACCUCUGUACACUCUGAAUAUACGCAUCGCAUCGACGUCGGUUCGUCUGUCUGUCUGUCUGUCUGCCUGUCUGCCCGUUUCUACAACCGUGCAGGUUGAUCGAGGCCUUUGAGGAGCUGGGUAGGCACAGCACAGCACAGCAUCAUCUGAUCUGUUGCUAGAUAGAUCUCUGUGUACGUCACGUGUGCGAUAUAUGCGACCGACCGAUGUGGAGGUUUUGAGUUCUUUCACGACGAGAUUGAGCCGCAGAUGGGGAUAGAGGUCAUGCGCUUUGUGAUGCGCGACACACAGACCAAGGAGAGGGCGGCCAGCAUCACCAAACGGAGGUGACAGACACACACACCGACACACAGACAGCAACCAUACCGUGGUAUGGGUGGCUGACAUUGGCUGCGUGAGUGCAGGAUGCGUGCUGACAUGGACAAGUUCCAGCGCGAGCAGAAGGAGAAGAAACGAGACCCCGUUGACGCAUUCCCCGGUGAGUACUCACCACGCACCGCACACCCACACGUGCACUGCACUGCUCACACACACAUGGCUACCAGUCUAGGUGUGUCGUGUCACAUCCAUCAGGUGAGAUCAUUUUCUUCUUUCGAGUCACUUUCCUGCUGCACGGACUCGCGAGUAUACACACACACACACACUGAGAUGAAUGACAUCCAUGUGCUAAUGAAUGGUCCAUCGCUGUCUGUCUGUCGUCUUGUGUUGUGUGGAUGCGACACAGGUCGUCUGGCGAUUCGGUAUGCAUUCCUGAGCACGCUCGAGCGGCGGGCGACUGAGGCCGUCAACAGACACAGACUCGAAACAUGCCACACACAUGACAUCGGUACCUACGGCAAUGAAAUGCGCAUGGCGCAUGCGCCUUCAUGCCAUGCGUUGUGGGCCGGGUGUGGUGUGUUCCAUGGGUGUGUGUGUGUCCAGAUGACAAUGCAGCUCUGUUGCGGAUACGCGACAAAGUCAAUCACGUAUGUGCAUGGCGUGCGUGGGCAGCAACUGAUGGAACCUCUUGUUUGGACACGUGUGUGUGUGUGUUUUGUGGCUGUGUGCGUGUGUGUGUGCAGGAUGGUGGCGACUCGUGCCCCAUCCGCUCGAUGCCUGAAUACACCAAGGCCUACGGACUGCACAAACACGUAACGACACCCCACCUUUAGCCAUCAUGGCCAUAGGUAGCGUGAAUCCGUGUGCGUGUUUGUUUGCUUGUUUGUUUGUGUGCAGAACGGCGCUGUGAGCGGCAUCGAGAGGGCGUUGCAGGAGUGCAUGGACGAGCUGUGGAGAGACGAGGUGCGGAUGGGAGCACGUCAACAUGCCUUGGAAUGUAUGUUUCAAUGUGUGUGGGUAUUGCUGUGCGUGUGUGUGUGUGUGUUCAGUGGGUGCUCGGGGCCCAGUGCAGCGUUUACGUGAGCAGCCAGAAGGUGGCCGACGUGUGUGUGGGGCAGUGCGGGCCGCUCGAUCCAAUGCCCGUCAGACCAGGUAGGUCAACCCACACACACCUUACGCACACACACAUACGUACACCUACGUGUUGUGAAUGAGUCUGCUCGUGCGUGUGCAGAUACGGUCUUCAACACAUUCAGCGUGACCAAGGCCAUAGGGGCGACAGCUGUGCUGCAGCUGGUCGACCGCAACGUCAUCCACCUCGAUACAAAAAUUGCCGACAUCUGGUGAAAGCCUGCGGUGUUGCACACUCAUACCACACACGGCGUUGGUAUGAACGGUUUGUAUAGGCCCGGGUUCGGUCAAAACGGCAAGGAGAACAUCACUGUCGCGCAGGCACUCGCACACACGGCUGGUGGGUGGGUGGGGGGGCUGGUGGGUAUGCACGUGUCACUCACUCAUUGCUGUCAUUCUAUGCUGUUGUGGGACUUAAGGUCUGUACCACCUGAUCCCGCCCAACAUGACGACGAGCAAGCUGUGUGACUUCAACCUCAUGGCACACGAGAUCGCCAAAGCCAAACCUCUCCACGAACCGGGAACACGACAGGCACGUAUCCAUCGUAUGCUAUGUACGUCUCGUCCAGUCCACUCCCCCUUUCAUUUAUGUUAUGUUAUCGGCGGUGCAGGUGUAUCACUACAUCACCUACGGCUGGCUCAUUGGCGGCAUCAUCCAACAUGCACUCCAAACCACCACCGACACCCACACCGACACCCAGUCCACAGGCACCGCCGCAAAGGACCACCACCAACAGGACGGCGGGUACGGUACCUUCACACAGAUGCAUGCGCAACCAACCCACAGCAUAUAGCCAUCCCGCCUCCCUCCCCCGUGUGCAGGUCGAUCGUGUCUUGCUUCGUCCGUAAUUCGAUUGCUGCGCCGCUGGGUUUGGCUGAUGAGCUCAUCGUGGGCCUCACACCGGACGUCAUGGCCAGAAGGGGUGAGUGAGUCAGCCAGAUGGAUGGAUGGAUGGAUGGGUGCAUGAUAGGCAUGUACGCACACACGUCUGUGUUCUUGGGUGUGCAGGCAAGGUGGCGAGUCUGCACAAGCCUCCGUCCACAACAGUCAGCGAACAGGUGGGUGCGCCGCGCCGCGCCCUGGUCAAGUCACGUGUGUGCGCUCUGUGUCUAUCGGCAUGUGUCUGUGUCUGUGUCUGUGUAGGAGGUGGAGAGCGCUAUAGAGCGGCUGGAGGACACACUACAGGACGGAGAGGGCGGCACCAAGGAAACGUACACAGACAGACAGACAGACAGUAGGAAGACGCCCACCCCCUUUCAUCAUCUUUAUUCCGAUGGUGUGUCAUCGCAGCAGUGAUGCGUCGCAGCUGUUUUCUCGCCUCGCCGGGCCGCUGCUCAAAGAGCUCAGCGGGUGGGCACUGACGAGGACAUCACACGCAUAACGAGAGCACACUGGCUGAACGACUCCCGCCCUGUGUGCUUGAUUGAUUCAGUCGGGAGCAUCUGCUCGACCCGCACCUAUUCGACAACAAACAAGUCAAACAGGCCUGCAUCCUCGCCGUAAGCUUGCUACACCGUCCACAGUCACACAGCACACAGCACCUACACGCACAGACACCACACACAGUUGUGUGUUUGUCUGUAGGCGAACGGCCACUGCUCUGCCCGGGCGCUCGCCAAGUUGUUCAGGUAACCAGCUGUGGGUGCGUGGGGUGACGUACAAGAAGCCAUGCCAUUCCAUGCAUUCAUGUGUGUGCGUGUGUGUGUGUGUGUGUAUGUCAGUGCAUUGGGUCACGGUGAUGUGAUCCGAUCGCCCGACCUGAUGGCAAUGGCCACACGACGAUGGAACCCACAGCCUACCGCCGGCAACAACUGCGAUCAGGGCGAGCAGGUGAGCAUGGACUGACGUGAUAUCCUAUCCCUGUGCGUUGGUUGGCACAUGUGUGUGUGCCAAUGAUAUGAUUGGUGCAUACACACCAUACAUACAGGAUCGCCCCCCAUUGGAGGAUGCAUUGGCGUCUCCCUUCGAGCAGACGGAGGACAACAAGCUCGUCAUACAGCAAAUGGGCCUCGGUACGCCAUCACAUCCAGAUUGGCAACCUCCCUCUUGCGAGAGAUGAAUGCUGUGUUGUGUUGUGUUGUGCUGUGUUGUGCUGUGUGUAGGGGUCUUCGUGUUUGGGUUCAAGCUGAGGCAGGUGGGGUCGGGUGAAGUGUGGCAAUACGUGCGCCCAUCCGUCCCUGGUGAAGUCCGUCCAUCCAUCCGUCCGGGUGGACGAUACCUGCACGCAUAUGGACACGCAGGUGAGCUGAGCGAAGGAAGGACGUCACAUAGAUCCACAGGGGGGCAACUCCCACAUCAUUCCAUUCCUUCCGGUCUGUCUAUUUGUCACAAUUGUGUGCAUACCAUCUUAUUCAUUCCUUCCACAGGUCUCAAUGGGUGCCUCGCCCUGUACAUACCGGUGGGCGCAGUGAGUGCAUAUGAUCUGAUCUGAUCUGAUCAUCAUGCCAUGCCGACCGACAGCAUGGUUAUGCACACUUUACUGGAUGUGUGUGCCUUACAUGUGUAUCUCAUCAUCAAUCAAUCAGGCGCUCGAGGUGUCGUUCGCCUUCUGUCACAACAACGUUCCCGAGAUGGUAUACAAAUGCAACCAACAGUCAGUGUGUAUGGUAUGUACGGAUGUGUGUGUAAUGUAAUGUCUGUGUGCGGUGCGCCCCAGAGCGAGCCGAGUGCAGCACUCGGAUCCCUCUACCCCGCCAUAAGGAGCCUUGCCAGGGUGUGCGAGCAACUCGGUACGCACAUUCAUUCUCAGCUGCUGGUACAGGGCAGUGGUCAUCUGAGUGUGUGUGUGCAUUGCGUUGCAGGCGUCCCUUUGGAGAUCCUUGACGCGUUCGGUCAAUCGGACAGCGACUGAUUGAAGGGGCUGGGCUGCAAUGAGCGCAUUGUGAUCCGUCUGUCUAUCCAGACAUACAUGCAGCGAACACACGGUGAAGUGGUCGUCUGUGUGAGUGCGAGUGCUGCGUGUUGUGUGUGUGGCGACGGCACCGACUUGUGUGGGGCCAAAGGCCCUCUGGCAGUCUGUCUGUCUGCCUGUCUGUUGUGUGUUGUCGAUAUGGAUGGAUGGAUGGAUGGAUCGCCAGCCGACUGUCCUGUCCUGGCUGGGUGUGCAUGUGAUGUGCAUACAAGACGCCAGCCCGACUUUUGUACGUGUCGCCUGCCUGCCUGCCUGCCUCUGACAAGCUCUUGUCUUGCUGUCUACAUGCCAAUCAGCCACAUAUUCAUUCAUCACAGACAGCUCCACAUACCUCAGUCAAUGACGUCUCU